AUGCCAGGAGCUGCUGCAGACGCUGCAGACGCUGGCGCGGAGGCUGAAGCUUCACCAGCACCAGCACCAGCACAAGCACCGGCUGAAGGCAGAGGCAUUGCGGACAACCGCAGCAGUAAGACGAGUAACAGUAAUGACGACGGCAGCAGCGGCACCACCAUAAGGGAAGCGCCAGAAGCAGAAGCAGAAGCAGAAGCAGAAGCAGAAGCAGAAGCAGAAGCAGAAUCAGCACCAGUAUCAGUACAAGCAGCGCAAGUAGCAGCGCAAGAAGCAACGCAAAUAGCAACGCAAGAAGCACCAACAGCUCCAGCAGCAGCACCUCUUUCGCCACUCUCGACGUCGUCAACGGCUACCAGUCCCGUGUCGCCGACAUUCCUUUCCGUGGCCGGGCGAGUCAGCACGCCUCUGAGCCUGUUUGUCGACUCUGCGCCCAGCAGCGGCGGCAAGCAGAAGAAGCUGCCUGCGACAUCAUCGCCGACGUCUCCCAGCUCCGAGUCUGCAGCAGCCAUCCGCCGGCGCUAUCUGGCCAUGUCGUCGCCCACGGCCGCAGCUGGCCAGCAAGAGUCGACACUGUCACUAGGAGGAAUCGCAGCAGCGGCAGCAACAGCGAGGAUGCGACGGGAGCUGCGGGUGGACGAGGCGGAAAACGAGGCAGAGAUGGAAGAGGAAGAAGUGGACGAGGCGGGCUGGAAGGAGAAAAGCACGGGCUCAGGCACAGGGCCACCGCUGCCGUGGUCGCCCAGCGCAAAUCACGACGGCGGCGGCAGCAGCAGCAACAUUUCCAAUUCCAACUCCAAUAAUCCAUCUGCUCCCGUUUCUCUUAAUAGAAGCGCCAGCGAUAAGCAGCAUGACGCCUCCAGAGGCAUCAUUUCCGCGCCCCUGCCCCAGAGCCCCGACGCACGCGCCAGGCCCGGCCGACACGAGCGCCCCUCAAAUUAUGGCCGGGACUCGGAUAUUGCCAGCGCUGCAAUUAGCAACACCACCGCCUGGUCCCCUGCAUCUGCAUCCGCCUCAGCAUCAGCGUCUGCAUCGUCGUCCCUGCUGCGCCGCUCGCCGCCCGAGGACCCCCCAUUGCACACGGGCAGCGUGCAGCCGGGCACCAAGCUGGCCCAUCCAAAGCCCAUCCUGCACAUCGCCACCGACGAGGCGCGCCAUCACCACCACUCGGACCUGCUCACGCGAUCGGCGUCCACCAUCAGCAACGUUGCCCACCUCGAGGCCACCGCCGAGCGCCUGUCCAUGACCAGCUCCAUCGACGAUGCCAUCCGCGACCUGCACGGCGAACUGAAACGAAGCGACAGCAGACGCUCCUCCAUCCUCGCCGCCCGCGCCGCCUCUGCCGACGAGCACUCGGCCUCGUCACGCCUGCGCCGCUACCCGUCCAACGGCUCCUCGUCCGCCGCCGCCGCCGCCCGCCAGAAGGGCUACUCUCCCGCUGCCGCGAGGAAAAUGAUUCAACAAGACGCAAACUUUGGGGACGACUUCCACGACAUGAUGGAGGGAGGCUUCCGGAGCCACAGGGCUUCGAACCUCAUCUUGGUCAACCCAGACCUGCCCUCCGACCACGAUAGCGAAGCCGAGCGGCCCAUGACGGCAAACUCCACAAAUACGUUCCAGGUGGCCCAGAAUGCCUUUGACGACUUUGACGGCGCCCACUGCGAGACGGAUACGGAAGAUGAGCGUUUCGCUACGGCCGACAUGGGACGCUUGCAGAAGCGAGAGAGGUUGCCAGAAGCGCACCACCAGCUUCAGCAGCACCAGGAGCAAUACCAGCUCCAGCACCCGCUCCAGCACCCGCUCCAGCAGCACCAAGAACUAUACCAGGAGCCUCCGCCGGCCCAAGAGCCUCCCCAACCUCCUGCCGCCCAGGAAGACACCUUCCAACUACGCACCCCUCAACAACGGUCAUCCGGAGAGUUCGUGAGACCGCAAUCCUACUUUGACGUCCAGUCUGGCCAGCACAUGCUGUACUACCCAGCCCGUGUUCCGGCCAUGCUCAACCUACCCCCCAAGCUAUCCUCCAAGCCCAAGGCUGCUGAUCGUAACCAGCGACGCUCGGAGCUCCUGAGCGCCAUGAUGCAGCCCAAGGAGAAGAGAAAGUCCAUCGUCCCCGACCUGGAGCAGAUUACCCUGCCUGACCCCCUGAGUGGGCAGCGCAAUUCGUUUGCAGCCCUCUCAGUGGCAGACAAGCUCGACGACGUUGACGACGACACUGCUACCACGCCUACACCAUAUUUCAUAGAGGGGCCCGUUCCUCAGUCCAGGGAAGUGACUGCACCACCCUCUCUGGAGGACCUUCGCCGUCCUCAGAAGCUGUCCAAGAACGAUGCCGACAAACGCAAGUCAAACAUGGACAAACUAAGCACCCUCCCCCCUCACCUCCGGGCCAGCGUGUUUUUCGAGCAGCCGUCUGAGAGCCCCGAGAUUGAGGUCAGGGACGGAUCAGCCAUGGCUACACUCGACAGCAUCCUCGACGCCUCAGCGACCGCUCCCGUCAGUGCCUUUACCGACCAUUUGUACGCCGGCAAGCUGGGCAACGAGGUAUAUGGACAGGCGAAGAAGAAGGAUGGCAAAAAGAACGCGGCGAAGCACAAAUCUCAACAGCUUUCUACAAACACUAUUACCGAGUUACCGUCCAAGGGUUCAACUAUCAGACUGCUCACUAAACGAAGCAAGAGCAGCUUGCUAGGAAUAGAGGCUAACGAGUCUGAAGCUGGUCCUAGUGGAGCUCAUGACAACGGCCAUGACGGAGCUAACGAAGAAGAAAAGGAGGGAGAAAGAGAAGAGGAGGAACUCGAAGAAGGUAUCUUUGAUGGCCAGCCCACGACCCUUCUUGGUGAGAUCCACCUUCGAAAACAGCGACAAAAGGAGCGACUGCUCAACCAGGGCAACAUGGUGCCCCAGCGAAUGCGAGCCACUCUCCUAGAGAUGGAUGCCGUUGCCGAGAUGCAGCGCAAGCAGCGCUUAAAGAGCCGCGUGAACCUUGCCUGGGAGGAUCAAAACAUUCCGGUAGAGCAACACUUGUCAGAUGACGAAGACGUGCCUCUGGCUGUCAUUGCCGCGAUGCACGACGGUGCCAAGAAUAUGCUCGAUCUCGAACGUCCCGUCGGCCUGAUGGAGGCUCGCGAGAUGGAGGAGAACGAACCCCUGAGCCAACGCGCCGCUCGUCUGCAGGGCCGCGCCUCUGCUGCCUUUACUACUGCCAAGCGCCAGAGCAAUCUGAGCCUGGGUCCUACACGCAUGGCAGAAGUGCAGCCUGCGGCUGGUUCACCUCGCAUCAUUACGCCUGACGGAGCUGUAGACGACGAUGCGCGUACCACCAUUACCGCAGCAGCAGCAUCUCCAGAGCCACUUGCAGCAGAGUUUGAAGAAGAGACUCUUGGAGCUAGAAAGCGACGUCUGGCGGAAUCGACACUGCCCAGGGUCCGCCCUGUUAGCAACGCGUUUUCCGCCGAGUUUUUGAGCCAGUUUGGCGACCUUGAAGAACCCAAGGAAAAAGAAGGCAAAUCGCCCAACCCAGAGGACGAGACCCUUGGCCAGCGCCGCCGUCGUCUGCAGGCUGAACGCGAGGCCCGCGCACGAGAGAUGAGCUAUGGCAAUCUGACGGGUGAGAGACUGACGGCUUAUGGAAAUCUGACGGGCGAACAGGCCAAUAGGCUGUCUCGCCGAGUGAGCAUGGCCGAUAUGCUCUCUGUGCACCAGCUAUCCGAGGAUCCUCGAAUUGCGGAAGAACGACGCCGGCAGGAGGAGCAUAUGAGGAUCGCCGAACAGGACGCCAGGAUGGCUGCCGUGAGGGCUCAGAUGCCCACUGCCCUGGUGCUGCCGGGCAACGCUCGCGCAGGAGGCUUCAAGGGCGGCCAGUACAAUGACGGAACAGGCGGUUUCGGCCUCGAGGCGUCUAGAUCGACGGCUGCUCUCAAUACGCUGCAUAGCCGGAGCUUCACCAAUACUGGUCCUAGAAACCACCGGGCUACCAUGAUGAUGCCGCCUCAGACUGCCUAUGGCAGGCAGCAGUCGUAUAGCGGGCUGACUGGCAUGAAUCAGAUGGCUGGUAACCCAAUGUACAACACCGCGCGCAAUCUGUAUAAUUCCAAUGGAGUUAUUCAGCUGGGCACGGGGAUCGCAGCGCCGAAUGGCAGCUUGGAUCGCGUUGAGAGGUGGCGACAGGGUGUUGCCCCUUAG